CUCUCUCUUCAGUUUCUUUAAUCCCUCCCUCUCUCUCUCUCCUCCCUAAAUUCCCCUACAAAAACAGCCCAAUCCCACUCCUUCAUGAAGAAGAGAGAGAAACAAAAACAAGCAUAAGAAAAAGAGGGGGGAGAGAGAGAGAGAGAGAGAAACAAGAAGCAGAGAGAGAGAGAGAGAGAAAAGAUAUGAUCAAGGGAAGAGCAGGAAAUGGUGGCUCAAGUUUUGGCCACCUAUUCCUCCCUCUUCUUGUUCUUGGGCUUAUUACGGGCCUUGUUAGUGCAGCAAGCCCAAAGGCCCGGGCUGAUGGGGCCCAUAAACACCGGGAGCGUACCGACCGUCGGAUCGAGAGGGUGAUGGCUGAGGUUGCCGCUGGCACAGCUCCGGCCUCUGCACCUGCGAGCCCGUCGGGCUCGCGUGUGUACCACGUGACGGAUUACGGUGCUGAUCCAACGGGGAGUGCAGAUUCAACGUCUGCGAUCAGAAGGGCCAUAUCGGACGCCUUCAAUGCGCCGUCCGAUCACGAUUUGAUGGCUGGGAUCAAAGACGUUGGUGGGGCCGAGUUACACCUCGACGGUGGGUCAUACUUGAUCAGUAAUCCCGUAGCGUUACCCUCGUCAGGAGGCGGUAAUUUCAGAAUCCAUGGCGGUUCAUUACGAGCGUCCGAUGACUUCCCAACGGACAGGUAUCUGAUCGAGCUGUGGUCCUCGGCCGCGUCGAGCUCACAAUCAGCAAGAGCAGCAGCCAAUGCUACCGAACUGCUAUCAACUUCAGGCUACGAUUACGAGUACAUCACGCUAAGGGACCUGAUGUUAGAUGCUAAUUACCGCGGCGGCGGAGUCGCUGUCGUUAACUCGCUCAGGACGACCAUCGACAACUGUUACAUCGUACAUUUCGAAUCCGACGGCGUUUGGGUGAAAGGCGGCCACGAGACGUUUAUCCGAGGGAAUUACAUAGGUCAGCAUAUUACGGCAGGGGGGGACCCCGGAGAGAGGAAUUUCUCUGGUAACGGGAUAAAUUUGAACGGCAACGACAAUGCCGUUACAGAUACCGUUAUCUUCUCGGCAGCUACCGGGGUUUUGGUCUCCGGUCAGGCUAACACGCUAACUGGGGUGCAUUGUUACAAUAAAGCAACGGCAUUCGGGGGGACCGGUAUAUAUUUGAAACUACCGAACCUGACCCAGACAAGAAUAGUCAACUGUUAUUUGGAUUUCACUAGUAUAGUGUCCGAGGACCCCGUUCAGCUCGUCGUGUCAAAUUCGUUCUUUUUGGGCGGUGGGAACGUUGUGUUUAAAUCGGUGAAGGGAGUGAUUAAAUCGGUAAAUGUUGUUGAUAAUUUGUUCUCCGGAGGUAAAGGGACCGAUAUUGUGCGUUUAGACGAGACAAACGGAGGCUUCACGGAUGUCGACGGGGUUUUCGUGGAACGGAACGGGGUGGACGGGAUGACAGCGAGAUCGACGGCGGCGAGGGCGACGGUGAAAAGUAACGGUACGACCUGGACCGUUGAUUUUUCACCGGUGCUACUGUUUCCUAACAGGAUUGAUCAUGUGUUGUACUCCCUGCAAGCUGAGUCAGGGUUUCCUAAUCACGCUUUGAGGAACGUGUCGAGCAAUCGGGUGGUGAUCCAGGCCGACGUGGCCGGUCUGGUUCAAGCAACCGUACACGUGGAGGUUGAUCAAGCGGGAGGGUAGGUACAAAAUGGGGAGGCUGGAGGAUUGUUUGGCCCCCUCUCUUCCUCCAAAACAUCGUGUUACAUUUGUCCCACGUGUUUCAAUAAAAUUCAUAUUGUAUUU